CUGUCCUUUCAUCAUUCUAUAAUUAUGAUGGCUUGCUUGCAGUCAUAUUUGUUGUUUGUGGUUAUGUUUUCAUUCUUCUGUCCAACUGAUGGACACUUUACCACCACCCUCGACCUUUGUUAUUACAGAGGGGAAGAUCCACACGAUGUGGAGUACAUCUGGAGAGCUAUUUCAGACAUGGUGAAGGUUAUGGAAUACAACAGCACUCUCAAUAGAUUUACUGGUUACACACCCAUUGGGAUACAUAAGGCUGAGCAAUUUAACGCAGAUCCCGUGGUCCUGGCAUCGUUUCAAACUCCACUUUAUUUCUUCUGCAAAUAUUAUGGUGCCCUCGCCUACAAAGCUGGAUUGAACAGCAAUGUUGAGCCCUCCGUUCAUCUGAGGUCCAUGACGCCCCACAGUGACAGACACCCCUCCAUGCUGACUUGCAGCGCCUACAAGUUCUACCCCAAACAGAUCAGGGUGACCUGGUUGAGGAAUGGACAGGAAGUGACCUCAAACAUGACUUCCUCUGAGGAGCUAGCCAAUGGCGACUGGCACCACCAGAUCCACUCCUACCUGGAGUACACUCCCACACCUGGAGAGAAGAUCUCCUGCAUGGUGGAGCAUGCCAGCUUCACUGAACCAAAGAUCCUCCACUGGGACAUGUCUCUGCCAGAGUCUGGGAGAAAUAAGAUAGCCAUCGGGGCGUCUGGGCUGGUGCUGGGGGUGGUCUUUGCUGCAGCUGGUCUCCUCUACUACAACAGGAGGAAGACCACUGGUGGUGGUGGGAGGGAAUUGGUGCCAACAAGUCACCCAUCCCAGUGAUCUCUCAGUGACUACAUUACAGUUCUGCAUAGUGUAAAUAUGAGUCCCAAAUGGCACCCUAUUCCCUAUAUGGACCCCGGUCCUGGUCAAAAUAAGUGUACCCUAUAGGGAAUAGGGUUCCAUUUAGGAUGCUGACUAAUUGUUAUUAUGUCUCUGACUGCAGGUUUGAUGAUGGUGUCUAUAUGUUAUAAAUGUGUAAGGAGUGCCUGCUGCUUUUCUAAAGACUAUCAAGAGUUUAUAUUAUUGUUACAGUAACACUUUAAAGCAAGUUCCUACAUAUAUACUAUAGGAUACAAGAUAUAUUUUUCUGAAGUAGUUUGUUUCUCACAAAUUGUCUUGAAUUGUUUUGAACAAACCUAGUAGUUGGAACCACUUUUUAUGUUCUUGAACGACCUUAAUGUACAACUGUGUAAACUAGCCUUCAAUGCUACCGUACCUGUAGACUUCCUGUCAUUGCGCUAACGCUAGUUAGCAUUGGCUCGUGAAACUAGCGCUAACUUCCUUCAUACUGCACGCAGAGAAGUAAAAAUGAUAUUGUAAAUGCCAGAAUCUCGCAGUAUCCCUUUAACCCUGGAAUCCGUCAUUGUGAAACUGCCUCAUCCUUUUGUGAUAUUACAACAACAAUGAACACAGUUGUUUCUCCUUGGACACCGUUGUACAUCAUUGUACAUACAAUAUAACAGCAGAGUCUGUACUGCAAAAAUGUUGUUGUUGAUGCUCCUCAACAAAAACAAUAACAAAAACAAUAACAAUAACAUGAACAAUAACAUUAACAAAUGUGCUGGGUUGAACAGUGACGCUGUUUCCUCUGGUGCGGAGUUCAGCUUUAAGAAUGUUGUGUUUGCUAUUACUGUAAACAUGCUUUACUUAGCAUUCUGAUAUUAUGCUAGCCUCCGCUGUAGUUUGCUGAACAUUGAAGUUUCAUAUUGGUAUGUGUGUGUGUAUAAUGUGUGUGUGUAGGCUACAGAUGUAGGAUCGUAAUUUGAUCUAUAUUGUCACAGCAAAAUAAUCCUGUAGUAACAGGAUUGAAACGUUUUGUCCAUAAUAUUGCUGGAUCAGUGGUUAGGCUAUAAGCUGGACAAAAGUAGGCUACAUGAAAGUGCAAUACUGUUCAUAUAAUCUUGUGUUUUAGGGUGGGGCUUUCAGUGAACUUAUGUACAUCACAAAGCUCAUCUGCAUUUCCUGUGGUGCAGGUAAAUUCUCAGCAACAAAAGAGUGAUCAAUUUAAGAUCCUACAUCUGUGUAUGUGUGUUUCUGUGUAUCACUGAGGCUUUUUACAUUGCUGUUACAGUACCAACUAAAUCCUUUAUUGCAGCAACACUCUGGAUGCGUCGCAAAUGACACCCUAUACCCUAUGGAGUGCAUUAGUUUUGACCAGAGCCAUAUGUGCCCUGGUCUAAAGUAGUGCACUACAUAGGGAAUAGGGUGCCAUUUGUAACCAUUUGGAGAGCACCCUCUGUAUAGGAUGGAUGCCUUUUGGUCAAAAUGACACAAUUCCGUUUCACUUGUUUUUUCCUUCAAACUUGAGCUAUCUGACCUUACACCCAGUGGUGUAAAGUUCUUAAGUAAAAAUACUUUAAAGUACUACUUAAGUAGGUUUUUGGGGUAUCUGUACUUUACUAUUUAUAUUUUUGACUAGUUUUACUUUACUAUAUUCCUAAAGAACAUAAUGUACUUUCUACUCCAUACAUUUUACCUGACAACCAAAAAUAUUCGUUACAUUUUGAAUGCUUAGCAGGAUAGGAAAAUGGAUCAAUUCACACACCUAUCAAGAGAACAUCCCUGGUCAUCUCACUGCUUCUGAUCUGGCGGACUCACUAAACACACAUGAUUCCUUUGUAAACGAUGACUGAGUUUACAAAAAAAUGGUGCCGCCUGUUUUGCUUAAUAUAAGGAGUUUGAAAUUAUUGAUACUUUUACUUUUGAUACUUAAGAAUAUUUUAUCAAUUACAUUUUCUUUUGAUACUGAAGUAUAUUUAAAACCAAGUACUUUUAGACUUUUACUCAAUUAGUAUUUUACUGGGUGACUUUCACUUUUACUUGAAUCAUUUUCUAUUAAGAUAUUUCAACUUUUACUCAAAUAUGACAAUUAAGUACUUUUCCCACCACUGCUUAUACAUAUAACUUUUGUAAUACUUGGGAGUUUUGGGUUUACUAAUAAAGCUUAAAAAUGAAGUUUUGAAA